CCGAGCGCGCCGACCUCAGUUCGCUGCCCGCGCCGGCCCCGACCCCGGCCCGACCCAGACCCGGCCCGGCUAGGCUCACACGCAGCAGCCACGAUGGAGGUGAUCAACCUGAUUGAACAGCCCAUCAAGGUGACUGAGUGGCAGCAGACAUACACCUACGACUCAGGCAUCCACUCAGGUGCCAACACCUGUGUGCCCUCUGUCAGCAGCAAGGGCAUCAUGGAGGAGGACGAUUCCUGCGCACGUCAGUAUACGCUCAAGAAGACUACCGCCUACACCCAGGGUGUGCCCCAGAACCAAGGUGACCUGGAGUACCAGAUAUCCACGACGGCCAGAGCCAAGAGGGUGCGGGAGGCCAUGUGUCCUGGCGUGACAGGGGAGGACAGCUCGCUAUUGCUGGCCACCCAGGUGGAAGGGCAGGCCACCAACCUGCAGCGGCUGGCGGAGCCGUCCCAGAUGCUCAAGUCAGCCAUUGUACAUCUCAUCAACUACCAGGAUGAUGCUGAGCUGGCCACCCGCGCCCUGCCCGAGCUCACCAAACUGCUCAACGAUGAGGACCCGGUGGUGGUGACCAAGGCUGCCAUGAUUGUGAACCAGCUGUCUAAGAAGGAGGCAUCGCGGCGGGCUCUGAUGGGCUCGCCCCAGCUGGUGGCGGCUGUGGUGCGCACCAUGCAGAACACCAGCGACCUGGACACGGCCCGCUGCACCACCAGCAUCCUGCACAACCUCUCCCACCACCGUGAGGGGCUGCUUGCCAUCUUCAAAUCGGGCGGCAUCCCUGCCCUGGUCCGCAUGCUCAGCUCCCCCGUGGAAUCGGUCCUAUUCUACGCCAUCACCACCCUGCACAAUCUGCUGCUCUACCAGGAGGGCGCCAAGAUGGCGGUGCGCCUGGCGGAUGGGCUGCAGAAGAUGGUACCCCUGCUCAACAAGAACAACCCCAAGUUCCUGGCCAUAACCACCGACUGCCUGCAGCUGCUGGCCUAUGGCAACCAGGAGAGCAAGCUGAUCAUCCUGGCCAAUGGAGGACCCCAGGCCCUUGUACAGAUUAUGCGCAACUAUAGUUACGAGAAGCUGCUCUGGACCACCAGCCGUGUGCUCAAGGUGCUGUCUGUGUGUCCCAGCAAUAAGCCCGCCAUUGUGGAGGCUGGUGGGAUGCAGGCUCUGGGCAAGCACCUGACGAGCAAUAGCCCCCGCCUUGUGCAGAACUGCCUCUGGACCCUGCGCAACCUCUCGGACGUGGCCACCAAGCAGGAGGGCCUGGAGAAUGUGCUGAAGAUUCUGGUGAACCAGCUGAGUGUGGAUGAUGUCAACGUCCUCACCUGUGCCACGGGCACGCUCUCCAACCUGACAUGCAACAACAGCAAGAACAAGACACUGGUGACGCAGAACAGUGGUGUGGAGGCUCUUAUCCAUGCCAUCCUGCGUGCCGGUGACAAGGAUGACAUCACAGAGCCGGCCGUCUGCGCCCUGCGCCACCUCACCAGCCGCCACCCUGAGGCUGAGAUGGCCCAGAAUUCUGUGCGCCUCAACUAUGGCAUCCCAGCCAUCGUCAAGCUGCUCAACCAGCCCAACCAAUGGCCACUGGUCAAGGCAACCAUCGGCCUGGUCAGGAAUCUGGCCCUGUGCCCUGCUAACCAUGCCCCACUGCAAGAGGCAGCGGUCAUUCCCCGCCUCGUCCAGCUGCUGGUCAAGGCCCACCAGGAUGCCCAGCGCCAUGUGGCUGCGGGCACACAGCAGCCCUACACGGAUGGCGUGAGGAUGGAGGAGAUUGUGGAGGGCUGCACUGGAGCACUGCAUAUCCUUGCUCGUGAUCCCAUGAACCGCAUGGAGAUCUUCCGGCUCAAUACCAUCCCUCUGUUUGUGCAGCUCCUGUACUCGUCGGUGGAGAACAUCCAGCGUGUGGCUGCAGGGGUACUGUGCGAGCUGGCCCAGGACAAGGAGGCGGCCGAUGCCAUUGAUGCUGAGGGGGCCUCGGCCCCACUCAUGGAGCUGCUGCACUCCCGAAACGAGGGCACCGCUACCUAUGCUGCUGCUGUCCUGUUCCGCAUCUCCGAGGACAAGAACCCAGAUUACCGCAAGCGUGUGUCAGUGGAGCUCACCAACUCCCUCUUCAAGCAUGACCCAGCUGCCUGGGAGGCUGCCCAAAGCAUGAUCCCCAUCAAUGAACCCUAUGCAGACGACAUGGAUGCCACCUACCGUCCCAUGUACUCCAGUGAUGUGCCCCUGGACCCCCUGGACAUGGACGGGGACUACGCCAUUGACACCUACAGUGAUGGCCUCAGGCCCACCUACCCCACUGCGGACCACAUGCUGGCCUAGCUUCCUCGACCCCCAGUGCGGUUCCUCAUCUGAGAGCCUCAGGUGCAGGUGAUGGGGCCAGACAGGACACUGCCUGAGCAGGGAGGGAGCCACGGUGACUUCUUGCUGACCCCACGCCUACAGAGGUUCUCCUCUGCAGGGUCUUUCUUGGGAUGGUGCUCUGCUCCUGCUUUUCUGUCCUGGGCUGUGGACCCAGGGCCCAGCAGCCCUCCCCUACCCCGUGGCCCUGGCCACUGAAGCUUUAAGUCAAGUCUCCCACUAUUUCCCGCCCAGCAAACCCUGGGCCUGCCUGGCUCAGCACCUGGAUCCCAAGGUUUUGGGUUCCUUUUCUAGUCUGAUCUUUUCACCAAACUCCACUUGACCAGCUGCCCUGAGCCCCCUAGAUCUCCAAGCCCUGGGUUCAAGGCCCAAACCCCUGAAAUCCAAAGAUUCUCUUGAAAAGUUCAGGGAUCAUCCAGGGGAGAUGGGGUGGAGACGGGAGAGUGAGUCCCCCACUCCCAGAGACUCCCUGCUUCUCUCUCUAGGACUCUAAAUUGGCUUUGGCCCCUCCUGGGGAGCUCUGGGGACAGCUCCCUCAUGGCCGCCCCACCCACAUGACUGCCCUAGCUAACCCCAGAAGUGCUCUUGGCUGACCCCUCUGGUGUGCGAUGCGGUGAGGGGCUUUUUCUUCCCCUUUCUGUUUCAAACUCCCCCACCACCUCUUGCACAUGGAGGGGGGAGCUGGGAGAGGUCCCACCGAAGAGUUUUAUUAUUAUGGCUUUAUGUUUUUGGUUAUUGGUGUUUUGUAUAGACCAAAGCAAAGAAAAUAAAAAUAACACACAGAUCCAGUGGAGACUCUUUAAGGGAGUGAGGUGAGACAAGGAGGUCCCCGUAGCUCCCCAUGGCUGGGUUCUGUGUGUCCUCAUGGUUGCCGUGUGUGUGUGUGUGUGUGUGUGUGUGUGUGUGUGUGUGAGAGAGAGAGAGAGAGAGAGAGAGGCAAGGAGAGUGGGGGAGUUGGGCAGAAACAGGUGUUUGAGGAACAGGAGUCAAUUUAAUUGAAUGCACAUUCGUAGGGCUCCUGGCUUAAAACCUUAGGAGGCAUGAAGAGACGACUGAGUCCCCUCUUCAGGGACCCCAGGCCUUAUUCUUCUAACAGGCUACCUCCUUGCUGGCCUCUCACCCUCCAUCCCCACCCCACCACACAAGGCAAUCGGAAUACACAUUUGACGUCUCUCUCUUGGGAGUCACACCCCCCAUGGCCUGAGACUUGGAGACCAGACCCACCCUGGCCACCUACCUCCCACCCUGCUCUCAAG